CGUCAUAUUAGCAUCACGUGAUAGCUUCCUACGUCGACCCUGGAACAUUUGUUCGCUAUGACAAAUAUGGAAGACGAUGACGCAAAUGGGGAAGAUUCUCGUGUAACUAUAGCAACACCAAGUUCAAGUGUCGGGCACGGGGAUUUCAGCCACUGCGGCGGGCUUCCUGGCGAUCUAGGUCCCGCAGAAAUGAAGAAAGAGCCCCCGGUCUUAUGCGCCGGUUGCAGGCAGCCCAUAUACGAUAAAUACUACAUGUGGGUGGACCAGCGCUCAUGGCACGAGGAGUGUGUACAGUGCAGUGUAUGCAGGCGACCUCUCGUCGAAUCGUGCUUCACAAAAGACUGCAAGCUGUAUUGCCAGCAAGACUACAAACAGUUACAGCGGUGCAGAAGAUGCGCUGGGGUUAUACCACGUGAUGAAUUUGUGCGGCGUGUGAUUGGUCAUCCGUAUCACGUGAAAUGCUUCUCGUGCGACGUAUGCCAUCGACAAUUACAGUCGGGGGAUCACUACCUUAUAGACGAGAGCUACAACCAAAUAUGUUGCAAAGCCUGCCACGACAGAGACGAUGUUAUUUUCGAAUCCUGCUUCGGUGCCGGUGAAGAAGACUCGGCUUCGGAUUCGGAAAAAAGCGACGACGAUGUCUUCGCCCAACCACCAAUGCAUAUGGCGGGAGGCGCGCACUUUUCACCCUACCAUGGCCCGCCACACCACAUGGGGAUAAUGCGAAGCAAAAAUGGAAGCAAGACCUCGCCCACGAUGCAACAUGGCUCAGUAACCAGCGAUGGCAAGCGAUCGAAACGACCGCGUACUAUUCUCACUACAGCACAACGACGGAAAUUUAAAGCGUCUUUUGAAGUCUCACAAAAGCCAUGCCGAAAGGUGCGCGAAACGCUGGCGUCGGAGACAGGCCUCAGUCCACGAGUCGUACAAGUAUGGUUUCAAAACCAAAGAGCUAAGAUGAAGAAACUUGCAAGGAGACAAACACAAGGUGAUUCUAGCAGCCAAAGUGGGUCACGUAGUGGCGGUAGAGCGCGGAGAAAGAAAACGAACGACUCAGAUUCAGACAAUGAGAUUUCUAGUCCUGGGUCAUAUACAUCAAUGCCCACACCCCACCACACAUCGCUCUACCACGACACCUACCGGUCACCCGGUAGUAUACAAACGUCACCUUCAAACGCUGGUGAAGCCAGUAGUUUCUACAACACUUUACCGCCACCUCACGAUUCUUCGGAAAUGCAGUACGACGAUUACGAGCUUCACCGACUCGAGCAACCCGAAUCCUUUAUGACGCAUGCUGUGACGACACCAAACGUGACGUCACCCAUGGAGCUCGAACCACGGUUGCAUAUAAACAUCGGGGAAGCUAAUAUGGGGGACUACAACAACAACAGCGCAAUGGCAAAUCCGCCUAUGACCAUGGAAGGCGAACACCCUCUAAUGACAUCACCUCGUGACAGUUACCAAAACUUUGCUGGCUCGCAGCCUGUGUCUCACUUUGAAGCACAGAUAACUACGACAGACACGAAUCCAAUAGACAAACUAAUGUUCAUGCAGAACACGUUUUUCAGAACAUAACACAAGUCCCCAUAGAGUAUAGAGAAUUGGUCAACUCUAUUAGCAGAGAGCGACGAACCCGACCGGCUAUUGAAUUAUUUAGUCGACGAUUGAAAACAUCAGUAUAUUACUUUUUCGAGCAUGUUUUCGAAAGAAUGUUGUCUUUUUGGGCUCCCGCCACUGUAAGCUGUUUUUCUCAUGAAUCUCGUCCAACCUUUGAUGCUGCUAUAUAAGCUCACAAUGCGUUCGCUAGCCAACGAAGUGAGACCUUACGAUAUAUUGUUUCCGGGGUUAAUUUUGCGAAUAUUUACAGCCAUUUUAGAGUAUAUUUUGGAAGGGUAGCUGCAAUUAUAAUAGAACAAAGAUAUAUACCGCAUUUUCCUCAGAAGUGGUGUGUAUGCAGAGUAUCGGGCAAGUCACCAUAAAUGCAGUAAUGCCUUCAAUAAUAGCGAACUGUGAGCGUUUUGCCUCUUUCCGCACAUAGGUGGCGUAUAGAUCAAUUUGUUCAAACUUACGCCACCUUUGUAUUCUUCCAUUUGCACAACGUCAAGGUUACGGAAAAGUAGCCACACAAAGUACUCUAUCGUAUAUUAAGGACGAUAUUUUUUUCUAUAAAGCCGUGAAACACAUUCCACGGUGCAAAAGUGAAAACGUCUUGUUACCACACUGCGCCGUGUAGACACGAAUUGUAAAUUAUUUAAUUUCGAAGUAUCAAUAAAUCGAGUUCUAAGUG